AUGGAUUCUGAUAAUAAAUCUCAAGAGAACAUUACCACCGAAGAACAAGCUACUGAAAAUUCUGAAGAAACAAAUUCCAAUACUAGAAUUGAGUAUGACUACGAAGCUCGCGAAGACGAUGAAUUGUCGCUUGAAAAAGGAGGAAUUAUAACUGUUAUUGAACAAGGUGAAGGUGGUUGGUGGAAAGGUGAUUUGAAUGGAAAAACUGGUAUAUUCCCCGAAAACCAUGUCAAAUUGAUCGAAGUUACCGAUCAAUCAAAUGAUGUAAAUGACGGUGAACAAUCCGAGGGCAAAGGGAAAUUUACAAAAAAACUAGCAAUUUAUGGUGUAAAACAAGGCGGGAUUGGUAGUUUGUUUUCUGGUGGAAUUCCAACUUUGGGUAAAAAGAAACGCAGUCAACAACCAUCAGAUUCUAGUGCUGAAUCAAACGACAACAAUGAAGGAAAACAACUUCAUGAAACAACUCCUGUACCAUCAAAGAAAACAAUAACUCGUCGAACCACAAGUUCUGAUGAUUCCGAUUCUCAUCCCAAAAUAGGUAAUUUACCAUCUCCACCUAAACCAGAAGAAAUCGUAACAAAGCCUGCAUCUUCGCUGCCCCCAUUGCCCAAAAAAUUACCACCAAAACCCAAAAAAUCUGAAUUAAAAGCUAAAGUGUUGUAUGACUAUGAUAUUGCGUUAGUUGCUGGCACAACCAUUACAAUUUUGGAUAAGACUGAUGAUGGUUGGUGGAGAGGAAAAAACGAUCAAGGAGAAGUUGGAUUAUUUCCAUCGACUUCAACACAACCCAAAUCGGUAGCAGAGACCACUUCUGACGAACAGCAAGCUUCCUCUGUUUCCAGUAAGAGUAAAAGGCCGGCCUCUCUUCAUUCACAAUCUUCAGAUGUGCCAAAUUCAAAACAAGCCUGGAGUUAUGAAGAUUCACCAACAUUACCUAAAUCUCCACCUCCACCUAUUACUGCUUCAACAACAACAAAAAAAAAUUCAAUUCACGAAUCUCCUUCUCCGACGUCGACAUCCACAGUACCAUCACCAAUUACAUCUCCACCCGGUAAGCCAAAGUCACCAUCGAAACAAAUACUUGACACCAAGUGGUAUAUUGUUAACACAACGGAGAGUAACGAGUUUUAUUAUAAUUCUGAAACUAAACAAUCUGUGUGGGAAAUUCCUGAAGAAAUUGCUGACGCUGUAAAGGCAUUGAAAGAACAGGAGGCAAAAGAAUCUCAGAACAACAAUAAAUUAAAUAAUGAGGGUGUAGGAGUUAAAAGGAAGGCUGAUGACGAUGAAGAAUCAGUGGAUGGUGAAGAUGUGAAAAGAGCUAAAGGAAGAAUUGAUGAAGAUAUAUCUUUUCAACUUCAAUUCAUGGAAGAACAAGAAUUAUUGGCCGGUGGUGUUAAGCUUGAUGAACAUUCUGAUUUGCAAAAGUAUGAAAUGACUGGCGGAGGAAUUGAUAAUUCUCAAAAAUCAUUUAAAGAACAAAAUAGAGAGGUUGAAUUAUCACCUGAAGAGCGUGUUCUGAUGUUUAAAGUAAGAUUGAAUAUAGCAAGGAGAGAAAAAUGA